CAUUAAAAAUUCCCAAUACUUGUAACUGUUCUAGUUUCAACAAUCCACACAAAUAAAAACAGCAAACACAUAAUAAUUGUUUUUGCUUCUACAAUCCACACAAACAAAAACACAAUACAUCAUAUUUAUUCUAGCUCCAACAAUCCACACAUAAACAAAAACAGCAAAGACAAUAUCAGAACCAGGCCACAUCAAAUGCUCACUGCUUAACUUAUGUUUCAUGACAUCCAUCAAGGCAUCAUUAGUAGAACAAUUAUCCAAGGUAAUCGUAGAUACCUUUGUGUCAAUAUCCCAAGCAAGUAAAGUGUCAAGAAGAGCCUGAGCAAGCACCUCACUUCUGUGUGGGCAAGAAAAAUUGACUGCUAGGUAGGGUUAGGGCUAAGAAAAUUGACCCUUUAAUUAGCGGGGCGAGUAUAACGGGGCGGGUAUUAUCGAUUACCAUAUCCGUACCCUACCCAUUAUUUUGAAACCGGUAUUACCCGUACCCGCCCCUUAACCCAUCAAAGCUGGUAAUUACCCUCGUUGACCGGUUACGGUCGGGUAGGGUACCCAUGGUUACUGGUUGGAUUGACAUCCCUAGUCUACAGGCCACUCAGUAGGUCCUUUGGGAAACCCUCCAAGUCCCAUCAGGUUUGUCUCUUUUAAUUUGCCGAUUGGAAUGCUAAGAAUCGGUUGGUCGAUUUGAGGGGUUAAUUAUAAUUCCUAACCACCCGACCGAUUCAACAUAUUCGUUUUUUUUUUCUACUGUAUCAAGCCACACUAGUAGUUGGAACCUGGUUUUACCGGUGUGACUGAUCAGUUCAACUCGAUUUAAAUACCAUUGUAAAAAGGUAGCUUGCAUCCUACUAUGCAAAGAGGAAUGGACAUGCAAGCUAUGUUUCUAGGCAAGUAGAAGUUGUGGUAGGUGAGGCUCCUUCUAAGAGUGUGGGUAAGAGCAAGAAACGGCACCGUGAAAGCAAAGAUAAGGGACAAUAAGAUAGAGGGAAGAGGAAAUGUACGGAUAAUGUUAGAGACAAGAAGUACAACCCCAACUCUAUAAUUCAAAUUCCGAAUGGUGAAAUUUCAUAGCAUAAAAAGGUUAUACUUGAUUUUCCAUUGUUUAGGAGUCCCACAAACAAUUUUUAGCGAAUUCUUGCGUAUUUGUUACAUUAUGUGGAGUCUCAAUAGCUUAAUCACUCUCCUAGUCUCCUGCGACUAUGCUGGCUCCUUUUUCCUUUUUCAAUGGAAAAAAUAUUUAGCGGAAAGAAUAAAUUUUCAUUUUCGGAAAAAAAAAAAUUCUGGCUAAAAAGUCAAAUUACGACAACCAGCGACGUUCUGAAACCGAUUUUCAGAGCAGAAUGGCUCAUCCGACCGCCGGAGCCAGCCCAACCAGGAUCAUUCGACCUCCGGGUUCGGACCAUCUAUUUUAGCGCCAGAAAACCAUCACUACAAAAUUCGUUGCUAAAUCUUCAAAUUCAUCGGAGCUUCUGCAGCGCUUAAUGUUAGCCCCAAUCAAAUCGAGAAUCUCCGGCGUAUAACCACAAUGCGAUUCUUUCAUUUCCUACUAGAAAGCCAUAAAUGAAUCGCCGAUUCUCGCGGUUUCCACCUUUGCUUCCUUCCUCAUUCCACACUCGCAGCACUUUGAAAAUCCCCAUUCCUCAAUAGAAUUCCACAGACAAACCCUUCACUGCUCCCUCUAUCUCCGCCCUGCCGUCGAUUCACUUCCCCCAAAACCCAAUGUCGGACUCAGUCCCGCCGGAAAUCAUCGCCGACAUUCUCGACCGGCUCACCGACGCCGCCGAUCUGGUCCGGUGCAGGCGCGUCUCGAAGCAAUGGCUCUCCGUACUCGACAGCCCCGACUUCAUCGAACGCCACCUGCAGCGCUCCACAGCCGCACUCUCCAACGCCGGGCUCUUCCUCCGAAACGCCGACGGCGCUCUCUUCUACGCCCCCGAUUCCGCCUCCGAUUCCCCCCGCCCCGACCCGAAACUCCCGACCCAUCCCGACGGCGCCCUCUUGCUGGGCUCCUGCCGCGGCCUGGUCUGCUUCUCCGUCGACAAUCAGCGAGACCUCGUCAUCCUAAACCCUAGAACAGGGGAGCGGCGCCAGAUCUGCAAUUACUCCCCUCCCGAUUUCCCCCAACACCCUUGCCCCGCCGUGAAUCCGCACAUAUCGAAGCUCGAUGCAAGGAUGUUUGUUGAGUACUCGACGGAUAGCCGUCGGGGGAAAGAUGUAGAUCUAGAGGCAGACGGUGGCGGGCUCGCGACCCUUGUACUGGGCGGGUACGGGUUCGGGUACGACGAAUCGUCGGACGAUUACAAAGUGGUUAGGAUUCGUGGGCUCGUCGGCGGCGCCGAAUCCCACCACUUCCGGGCCGAGAUCUACAGCGUGCGAGCCAAAUCGUGCAGGAUUAUGGAACCGACCGGCCUUCCGUACCCUAAUCAUAGGAAUGGAGUGUUCGCCUGCGGCGCCCUGAAUUGGGUUGCCCACAACGACGUGCUGCUCGCUCUCGAUCUCGGCUCCGACGGCGGGUUCAGCUUGCUGCCGCAGCCCAAGUACAUGAGAGGCAGGCCUGAGGUGAAGAGUCUCGGCGAGCUGGACUCUCGCUUGUGCCUGUGCGGCGGACACUACGUGGGGGACGGUCAGGGGAGAUUGGAUCUGUGGGUGAUGAAGGAGUACGGGAAGGUGGGAUCGUGGUGCAAGGUUUGGUCGAUUCGGGAUCCGAUCGUCGUUCGCUGUGGCCCUGCGUUCUUGUUGGGUUGUUCGGCCAUUGAUGGAGGCGGGCGGAGGAUGUUGUUCAUGGUGGAUGGUCGGGUUUGGUUCUGGUAUUAUCCGUCGCUUGACAGGGUUGAAGCGGUUGAUAUGGGUGGUAUUGUUGUUGGGGAAGGUGGAUUUGAUGCUGCGUAUUGUUUAGAGAGUCUUGUUAGAUUGUUCGACAGAGGUUACGAUCAAAAAGUAGUGCUGGCGUCGCUGUAAUUCUCAAUUACAAAUGACCAUAUUCAUCUCUAGAUAGUGUCUGUCUUCCUAGUGUGAUUUUUGAAGCCCGGUUAGUUGAAGUUCGUAUCUUUUUUUAUGGAUUUCGUAGUGUUUUUUGUCACUCUGUUUUGUAGAAGUGAUAGAGCUAUCUACUUAGUGAGAAAAAAAAAAAAAAAAAAACACUUUGAUAGCAGAUCGGUUGGUAUCUACUACAAACCCAGAAUUAGAUCAAGGUUCAUCAGAUAUGGGAAGAAAGAAGCACAUCGAACCCAAACAAAAGAGAUCACCGAACAAACGAGAACACUGAAAUAGCUACUCUGCCACAAGUAUCCAUUUUCCUUUUUUUCCCCCAAACGGGUACUUAGCUCACAACCUCUACAAAUGUCGGGGAACUGGCAGUGCGUUUGACCCUCUGGUUCGAAGUGUCAACCGAGAGCAUAUCCAUCAGUGACCAUCACCAAUUCACCAUACGGUGACAACCCUUAACCCUAAGGGGUUGUCAGAUUUACAACCAAGAGUAUUUUGGGUAUGAAAAAUGAAUAUAUUAAUUAUCU